AUGAGUGUUAGUGUUGAAGACGUUUCUAGUCCUUUAUCUGAAGGACAGAAUAGUGUUUUAGAAAUCAAAUCGGAUAGCGAAGUGAUUAAAAAUGACAGUAUUGAGGAAGGUCAGGAUAAAUCCGAACCCUCGACCCCAAAACCCCAUCCGAUGGCGUUUACGAUCGACUUUGGUAAUGCCAAACAAUUUGAUAAUCGAAGACUCGAAGAGUUAGCGAAAAAGUCUCAAGCCCGUCAUCAAAGGGUCCAAUCGAUGUCCGCUGGCCAGUCUAAACCCAGUCCAACGUCUCAGAGGCCGCCAAUGAGCGCUAAACUGCCUCGAAAGGCGCAAGGAUAUAAUUCGGAAGGCUACUUUUCUUCUGACCAAGAAGACAGUGGUUUAUCGGGAUCUAUUAAACUUAGAAGUAGUCCCCUUGCACAAAACGUUGAUCGUCCACAUACGACUAGUCCAAUUACGAACAGACAAGUAAGAUCACCUGUCAGUGACCUCCAGCCGAAACGUACGUCCAAAAGCCCUAUAGUCGAUAGCAUUAUGUCGAGAAGUGAUAAUUUUAAUCGUCAUGCUCUAAAUUUACCCCUGAAGAACUCUAACAGUUCCUAUGUUCGUGACGUCCAUAGAUCACCAAGCUAUAGCAAUCUAAGUCAUAAGCAUCCAAUGGAUAUUAUAGACCAGAGCCCUGAAGGAGUUAUGUUAACUGAUAUUUCUAGUCCUGAAUUAGAUAUUUUAACACCUGACAAUGGCCUGUCCACUCCAGAGCAUCCAAAGAGUCCUUUACGCAAGAGUAGGGCCUCAUCUGCCACUCCUGAUCUAUUGUUUAAAAAAUGUCCACAAAAGGCUGAACCACUUUACAUAGAUGAUGAUAUUGAUGCAGAAUCAAAUCAUUCAUCAACAGGUACUUAUACCAUAGAGGGUGAUAACUAUACUGAAGAACAAAAAGCUAGAAUGAGUAUAGAUAGAGCUUAUGGUACAGACUUGCAUAGUGAUUUAGAGGAUACUUUAAAAAGACACAGUGUUGAAAAGGAUCCUGAGUUAAUAUUUGACUAUCCCAAUCCUCAAAGGGUUAUAACAAAAGAACCAAGAAGAGAUGUCUGUUUGAGGACACCUGUCACUAUAGAUAAAUGUAAUGACUUACAGAAAGUAUCGAAAGAUAAAAAUGUUCUUGAAAUAUCCUGUUGUUAUGAAUCUCCUAAUGAAAGUGAUUUAGCAUUGCAAACAACAAAGCAAAUUAAAUCAACUAGGAGCUAUUUGGAGAAAAUAAAAAACAGAGUGAGAACUAUAACCGAGAAAACUUUUGCAAAAUCUCCUCCAAAAUAUGAAGAAGAUGCUGAUAUGGGUACUUUCACUUCAGUGACAACUUCAGGAGUGUUAAGUUCAAAGUUUCCAGUUAAGGUUGAAAAGCCAAGUCGUAGACGAUGUAGCCUUACAAAAUCAGAGAUAGAUCAGACAGAUUAUGUUCAUAGACUGUCAAGAGAGUCUUCUGUACCAGUAUCUUUGCCAAGUAGUAAAGAAGUAUUGGAAGAUGGUAAAUUUGAAAGUACUGCAUUAAAGAAUGCACAAAAGGCUUUGAAGGAUAGUAGUGUGAACAUGUCAGAAGAAGUUGUUGGUAAAUUGUCAUAUAUGAGCCUUAGUAGGUGUAAAGGGGACAAAUCAUGGAUCCAAGACUGGGCGGACAGUGUGAAAAAAUAUAAUAAUAAUGCACUGGCAAUGGAAUCUGAUUUAAACACAACAUUUGCAGUUGAAGAUCGUCCACCUAUCAGUCCAAGAUUGAUACCAGGAAAGCCCCGCAGCCCGCACGGCACACCCACAAAGAUACCGAGCCCCGUUGGAACGCUGUUACACCGUAGGACACCGGAUCUUAUACCUCCACAAGAUACGGAAUCCUAUUUGCUGAAAACACAAAAUGCUAUCACUAACCUGCAAGCUAAGCUGCACUCCUCCAGAACAAACAAUUCUUCGUACAUUCCCAAUCCACUCACCACCAGUCUUAUGAGUGAAAAAACUCUGGUUUCAAGACUUCCACUAUCACAACUUAGUCGAUCAAAUUCACUAAACUAUCGUCUUAGAAAAAAAGAUACAUCAGGGGAUAGCAGUCCUUUGAGAAGUCCAGGCCAUUAUGUAAUCACUGGGUCUUCGAAAGUCCCGGAUGGCUCCAAAAUACUUCUUAACACUGCCUCUAGAUCUUUAGACCAGGACACUAGACAUGACUCUAACAUGAACAGUCCAAACUCUGAUAGAGGUCUGCUUAGUAAUAGUUCUGAUGAUAAAACUCUUUCAAAUAGACCGCCUUAUGAUGUCGAAGCAAUUUUAUCGCCACACAGGAAAACUCAUGCAAGGCACAGAUCAUUUGACGGUCGAAAUCCAGCGGAGAUCUUCACAAAUGACGUGAAUAAUGCUAACCAAACGGUUUGUUUGAAGACUGUCUUGAAAAACAACGCCUUGGAGGCCAAGAGCUAUAGAAUCGAUCCAACACGUUGUCAAGGAGACCUGAAGAAAAAUCACCAAAGAGUAUACAGUGAUGGGAAACCUAACAAACCUUUUACGAACACUGCUUUCGGUACAUCCAUUAAGCGAUCUAGUUCGUUUAGUACCGUCAACAAAAACAAUAACAUCGAACCUCGAUUAGUUUCGCGGAGAUCGAGCGGUCAGUCUGAGGAGUAUAAAGAUUACUCAGAUGAAUCCGAUAACGGAUCGUUCGACAAAUCUCAAGAUUUACGCUUUAAGAGACAGCUUCAUAGAGGUAGGAUAGAGUAUCCGGAUUUAAAGUCUAUAGUACCAUCAAACUCUCCUAGGUGUCCGAACACACCGGAAAUGCAAAGGAAAUUUGGUCCAGGGUUAGUUAGGAAUUCGGUUCGAGUGACCAGUAAAGAGCGAGGUUUGAAUAGUAGGAUGUCUGAGCCUCCAGCGUCUAGGGAAGAAAGGUCGAAACCCGCCAACCACCAGAGUCGAAGAAUAUCGGAACCAACGAGGCAGGCGGUUCUAAAUAGACUGACUAAAUCUAGAUCUUCGACUAGGGAAGUUCAUCCCAAGAAUCACGAUAAAGGCCAAAAGAAACCCAGCCAGUAUCGUUCCUCAUCAGCUUUAGCAACAAAGGAAGUUGAAUUUUCCAAUUGGAAGAAGCGCUCUUCAUAUGACCCGAUGAAAGCGGCGCAAGAAGGUAGAAAAAAACAGCAGAUGGCUCGGCGGCAAGACUGUAACAAGGAUGACUUGAGUUCCCCUAGCCAUUCGUCACCUGUACACCGUUCACAAUCUUUCCACACAACGAACAUAGCUGACUUGACUCUGGACUAUUCUUCGGAAGAGACAGAAGACGAUCACAUCACGCUUCCAAUAGACCCAAUGAUCACGUCCACUCACUCAGACAUAUUAGAUCUGAGGAAAGAUAGACGGAGACAGGGAAACGAUAGCUGUGUUAUGUUGGAGAGAGAGUACAUUACUGGCUUUCAGGUGAACCAACCCCAAGAAAAAUUUAAACGUCGAGAUGACAAGCGCAAACAUAUAGACGAAACCAAAGACACAGAUUACAAAGAAGCCAUUGACAAGCGCAAAACUUUCAUCCUCGACAGUGAUACCAACUCGACAACAAAUGGAAGCAGUCCUAGGAAUUCAUCUAUAUUUAGUCAUGAAAAAAAUUCAUUAAAUACAAGUGACACAGAAGGGGAGAGUGGUCCUGAAAGUGCACCAGUUGUGAUGAGGCAAAAGAAAACACCUGUACAGCCUAAACAGAGGUAUAGCGGUGACUAUUCAAUGUCAUCGUCAACCACUUCUAUAAGCCAUAAGAAGCCAAGAGAACUAAUACAACCGAGAUAUCUUGACAUAUCCAAAUAUAAAUCAGAAAAUUCACCCAAAAACUUCUUGAGGCGAGACCCGAGCAAGACUUACGUAGGGGUCUUGAAUAAUACUGAGAAGAAAGAAGUUAGUAAAGGUAGCGCUCAGCACUAUGAAAUGGAACAAAAGAAACAAGAGCUAGAGAAGUGGAAGAGACGAGCAUCGUACGACCCGCGGAAGGCGGCAGCGCUCGGGAAGACCAAACCAACGGUUAAAAGUGCCAGCGUGACAGAUGUCAAAAUGCAUGCAAUUCUGGAUAAAGUGUCAAAGGCGGCCAUCUUGUUAAGUAGCGUCCUGCGAUCGCAGUCGUUCCACGGGCCGGUGCUGUCUCCGCCGCGCUACAAUCCGCCCGCGCUCAUAAACGAGGCCUGCGACGCGUCCAGCGACAACGACUUC